CCAAUCGGGCAUGUGGCCCAAUUGGUCGGCCCUCAAACUCUAGGGCUUGGGUGAGGUGGAGGUCAGGGUUUCGAGCUCUACCACCGUCGUAAACUCUACCAACUUGCGACCUAAUGGUCGCGCGCCUCAAAUGAGGGGGUGGAACGUUCACUUUCCUGAAAAAAUUCCAGCUGCUAACAAAUUAACUCUACUAACUUCCUAACCAUCUACCUGGUUAAAAAAAAAAAAAAAAAGUAGGGAUGGCAAUUCUCCCCGUUUCCUACGGGGCCUCACGGGGAUUCCCGUUACGGGAUGGGGUGGGGAGGAAUAUUCCUCCCCCGGGACUCUCACGUCCAUCUCACCUUCAGUUUCCCUGCUGUUGCUGCUGCUGCCACCGGAGCCAUCUGCUGUUGCUACCGGACCAUCUGCUAUUGCUGCCGGACCAUCUGCUGCUGCCACCACCAGACCCAUCUACUGCCACCACUAGACCCAUCUGCUGCUGCUGUUUAGCCAAAGCCAUCUGCUCGGCUGCUGCUGUUCAGCCAAAGCCAUCUAUUCGCUGCUGCUGCCGGCUCCCACCACCGGACCCAUCUUCUCCUGCUGCUGCUGCCGCUGAACAGCCAAAGCCAUCUGCUCUGCUGCUGCAGAAGCCAUCUGCUGUUGCUGCUGCAGGAGCCAUCUAUUGCUGCUGCCGGAGCCAUCUGCUGCUGUUGCCGGACCCAUCUGCUGCUGCUGUCGAACCCAUCUGCUGUUGCUGGACCUGUCUGCUGUUGCAGCUGCUGCUACCGCCACCGGAGCCUGCUGCUGCUGCUGCUGCUACUGCCACCAGAGCCUGCUGCUGCUAUUGCCACCAGAGCCUACUGCUGCUACCGUCACCGGGGCCUCCUGCUGCUGCUGUUGCUGCUACCGCCACCGGAGCCUGCUGCUGCUGCCGCCACCAAACAGCCUAAGCCAUCUGCUUUGCUACUAUUGCCGGAGCUAUUUGAUGUUAAUUGGUGGGGAAUGGGGAUCCCCACGGGGAUCCCUGUUCCCCGUGGGAAAUGCGGACGGGGGGCAAAAUCUG